UAGGAGUCGGCGGCUGGGCUCUGCAGCGCAGCCAGCGCAGCGCUGCGCCCAGGUCCCGGCCCCAUGCCCGAAGCUCCGCCGGACCGCCCUUGAGCGCGGGCGCUGCGCCCGCGCCCCCGCCCGCCGGCACCAUUGCCCCGACGGCGCGGCCGGGUGGCCCGGCUCUCCCCAGGCUCCGCGCGGGCAGGAAGACACUGCUGGCGGCCGCCGCGGGCGUGGUGAUGCUGCUAGUGCUGGUGGUGCUGAUCCCCGUGCUGGUAAGCUCGGGCGGCCCGGACGGCCACUAUGAGAUGCUGGGAACCUGCCGCAUGGUGUGCGACCCCUACCCCGCGCGGGGCCCCGGCGCCGGCGCGCGGCCCGACGGCGGCGACGCCCUGAGUGAGCAGAGCGGCGCGCCCCCGCCCUCCACGCUGGUGCAGGGCCCCCAGGGGAAGACGGGCCGCACUGGCAAACCGGGUCCCCCCGGGCCUCCUGGGGACCCGGGUCCUCCGGGUCCUGUAGGGCCGCCCGGGGAAAAGGGUGAGCCAGGAAAGCCGGGCCUUCCCGGGCUGCCAGGCGCAGGGGGCAGCGGCGCCAUCAGCACGGCCACCUACACCACGGUGCCACGCGUGGCCUUCUACGCUGGCCUCAAGAACCCUCACGAGGGUUACGAGGUGCUCAAGUUUGAUGACGUGGUCACUAACCUGGGCAACAACUACGAUGCGGCCAGCGGCAAGUUUACGUGCAACAUUCCUGGCACCUACUUUUUCACCUACCACGUCCUCAUGCGUGGCGGCGACGGCACCAGUAUGUGGGCGGACCUCUGCAAGAACGGCCAGGUGCGGGCCAGCGCCAUUGCUCAGGAUGCAGACCAGAACUACGACUAUGCCAGCAACAGCGUGAUCCUGCACCUGGAUGCGGGCGAUGAGGUCUUCAUCAAGCUUGAUGGAGGCAAAGCGCAUGGCGGCAACAGCAACAAAUACAGCACUUUCUCCGGCUUCAUCAUCUACUCCGACUGA